AUGGGAUUUUGGGAGAACAACAAAGAUUCCAUCACUUCAGGGCUGAAGAGCGCCGGUAAAUAUGGUUACCAAGGAACAAAGUACGUUGCCAAGACAGGGUAUAAGGCAAGUAAGAAGCACUAUAACAACAGCAAAGCGCGUAGGGAAAGGAAGAGUGGUAAGAAAAAUUCAAGUGAUGAGGAGUAUGAUAGCGAAGAUGAGAUGGAGUACGAAAGAAAGCCGACCGAUAUAAGAAGUUUAAAAGACCCAAAGUCCUUUCCUCCCCCACCUUUGAAACCUGGACAAAAAACUUAUACAGGACAACAGCAACAGCAAAUGCCAAAUGGUCAGGCCAGUUAUGCUUUUCAGGGUGCAUACCAAGGCCAACCUGGCGCAGGAUCGACGGAACAGUCACAAUACGCACAACCACAGUAUAAUCAGUAUCCACAACAGCAGCUGCAACAAGGUGUAAUGCCACAGCAACAGCAGCUGCAACAAGGUGUAGUGCCACAGCAGCCGCCUAUAUAUGGAGAGCAAGUACCACCGUAUGGGUCAAAUUCUAAUGCAACCAGCUACCAGUCGCUGCCGCAACAAAAUCAACCCCAAAAUGCAAUUCCAAGUCAGGUAUCUCUGAACUCUGCUUCUCAGCAAAGCACAGGGUUUGUCUCGCAAAAUCUGCAAUAUGGUACCCAAUCAAGUAAUCCGGCACCAUCACCGUCUUUCCAGAACGGUCUUCAGUGUCAUCAGCAGCCGCAAUACGUAUCACAUGGCUCAACCAAUCUCGGACAAUCCCAAUUUCCAUCGGGCCAACAGCAGCAGCCCACGACACAGUUUGGCCAGCAAGUUUUACCAUCACCUGCACAACCACAACAGCAACAACAAGGGCAACCAUUACCGCCCCCGCGCGGUCAAGUGAUCUUGCCAGCGCCCGGAGAGCCUCUGUCAAAUGGCUUUGGGCAACAGCAACAGCAACAGCAACAGCAACAGCAGCCUCUGAACCAAAACAACGCUUUGUUGCCACAAAUGAACGUGGAAGGAGUUUCUGGGAUGGCUGCGGUUCAGCCUGUCUAUGGCCAAGCCAUGUCAAGUACUACAAACAUGCAAGAUUCGAACCCCAGCUAUGGAGCUUCACCCAUGCAAGGUCAGCCUCCAGUCGGUGGACAACCGCCUGUGCCUGUAAGAAUGCAGCCACAGCCACCGCAACCAAUGCAACAGGGAAACAUCUAUCCGAUUGAGCCUUCUCUUGAUUCUACUGGCUCAACCCCACAUUUUGAAGUUACUCCAUUUGACCCAGACGCACCUGCUCCGAAGCCCAAAAUCGAUAUUCCCACUGUAGACGUUAGUAGCCUUCCACCACCUCCCACUCAUAGGGAUAGAGGAGCAGUUGUACACCAGGAACCUGCGCCAAGUGGGAAAAUACAGCCUAACACAACCUCUUCGGCGGCUUCAUUGCCAGCAAAGCAUUCAAGAACUACUACUGCAGACAAUGAAAGGAACUCUGGAAACAAAGAAAACGAUGAAAGUACCUCCAAGUCGUCCAUUUUAGGACAUUAUGAUGUAGAUGUCAACAUCAUGCCACCUCCAAAACCUUUCAGACAUGGACUUGAUUCUGUACCUUCUGAGCACACCACGAAGAACGCACCAGAACGGGCAGUGCCAAUUCUACCUCCUCGGAACAAUGUUGAGCCUCCUCCUCCCCCAUCACGAGGCAAUUUUGAGAGGACAGAGUCGGUGCUGUCAACGAAUGCCGCUAAUGUACAGGAGGAUCCCAUUUCUAAUUUUUUACCUCCACCGAAGCCAUUUAGACAUACUGAAACUAAACAAAAUCAGAAUAGUAAAGCAUCACCUGUAGAAAUGAAGGGUGAAGUUUUGCCAGGGCACCCCUCUGAGGAAGAUAGAAACGUUGAACCAUCGUUGGUACCUCAAUCGAAACCGCAAUCGCAAUCUCAAUUCAGAAGAGCUCAUAUGGAGACACAGCCUAUUCAAAACUUCCAGCCACCACCAAAACCAUUUAGGCGUUCACAAUCGUCCAAUUCUAGUGAUAGUUCUUAUACUAUCGACGGACCUGAGGCAAAUCAUGGGCGUGGGCGUGGGCGUAUAGCUAAGCACCAUGAUGGUGAUGAAUACAACCCCAAGAGUGAGAAUUCUACAGAAAACGGUCGUUUGGGUGAUGCCCCCAACAGCUUUAUUAGAAAAAGAGCGCCAACCCCUCCGGCCCCAUCCAGAUCUGAGAAGUUACAUGAGGGUACUAUAACAUCCGAAGUUGAUAGUUCAAAAGAUGCUAAUAAAUAUGAAAAGUCAAUACCUCCUGUAACUUCGUCUAUUCAAGCGCAACAGUCUACGAAGAAGGCGCCUCCUCCUGUUGUAAAGCCAAAACCUAGAAAUUUUUCUUUAAAGGCCAAUGAAUAUCCCAAGGAACUUACUAGGGAAGCAACUGGACAAGAUGAAGUUUUAAACUCCAUUACCAAUGAGUUGUCGCAUAUCAAAUUAAGAAAAACAAACGUUAAUUUGGAAAAGUUAGGCGGUUCGAAAAAAGUGAAGGACUCUAGCCCUGUUCCCUCAGAUCUAGAUGAAAAAUAUGUGUCUGCAUCGGGGUCUAUUACUCCACCAAGGCCUCCACCUUCUAGGUCUAGUCCAAAGAAAGUGCCGCCUGUUGUCCCAAAAAAGAAUGAUAACCUGAAGAAAAAGCCACCAGUGGUCCCAAAGAAAAAGCCAUUACUAAAAUCGCUCGAACCAAGACCUAUUGAAAUGGAGAGGGCCUAUUCGGGAGAUAUUUCUGCUGCUGACGAUAACUUAAAUCCUUUUGAAAGAUACAAACGAAAUGUUGUUCCUCAAGAAGAUGACAGACUGCAUAAAUUAAAAUAA